GAAAUAUAUAUACUCGUAAUUCUGUGUAGAUCUUUAGUAUAAUUGAAUAUGCAUAAGCAAUGCCUGCUGCUAUUGUUGUUGCUGGGAGUAAUAAGCCUGCAAGGAUUGCCCGUUUACGAUGACAACGAUCGUCUCAAUUUAAGUGCCAGUUGUCCGGAUGCAACGUGCAGUCUGUGGCAACUGGAGAGUGACUUUCAGCAGCCACUGCGCUACUCGGGCAGUCCAGUGUUGCAGCUGCAGGAGCUGCUGCUGGGCGACUGUCAGAUGCGUGCGAUGCCCGUGGAGUUGCUGCGACUGGCGCCCAAUCUGCGUGUGUUGCUGCUGCAGAACAGCAGCAUUUUCCAUGUCAACAAGGAUGAUUUCCAGGCGAUACCGCAGCUGAGGCAACUGCAAUUGCAGCGCAAUCACAUUACACGUCUGAAGGAUCAACAGUUUGUGGCACUGCGGCAGCUGGAGUUGCUGCAACUGGGUCACAACAUGCUGCAAGUGGUGCACGCUCAGGCCUUUGCGGGUCUCUCACAGCUCCGACUACUGGGACUCCAAGGCAAUGGCAUAACGGAGCUAGCGGAUGACGCCUUUGCGUCGCUACCAAAUCUUAUUCAUCUCGAUCUGAGUGACAAUGAGAUUCGUCAGAUCAAUGCCAAGAUAUUUGCCAAGAAUGACAAACUACAAACGCUACUCCUCAAUGGCAAUAAGUUUGCCCAAUUUGAGCCACAGUCCUUGAAGGGUCUAACCAAUCUGCGCCUGCUCGAGCUGAGCAAUUGUCAGCUGGAGGAACUGCAGCUCCACAGCGCUCAGCAACUGCAGAUCGAGAGUAGCGGCUUGCAACGCUUAAUCAUUGACGGCGGCGUUAUCAAAAUACAGGCGGGCAACAAUGCGCUGACUCAGCUGCAAAUUGGCGAUAAGAGCGCCGUCAUCGAGCUCGACCUGCAUGAGAAUCUACUCGAUGGCAAUGCGAGCUCAACGCUGCUCAACGGCAUGUGGAACCUACAGCGUCUGGAUCUGUCCAAAAACAACCUUGACUCACUGUGCUUCAGUGGUGGCAACUUCAGCUCGCUGAGUCUGCUGCUGCCCAGUCUCACCCACUUGAAUCUGGCCCACAAUCAGCUGCACAAUCUUCCUCCGGAGUCGCCGCUGUUCCCAAGCCGUCUGAUCGACCUGGACAUAUCCUACAAUCACCUGAUCUCUGUGGAGACUGAGAACUUUGCCUCGCUGCCGAACUUGCGGCGUCUCUAUUUGGAAGAUAUUCGACUGACGAAAUUAAAUUACCAGCUCUUCCAUCGACAGCAUCCAAAUCUCCAGGUGCUGGGAGCUUGUGACAGUGACUACAGUUUUAUGCACAAAUUAUCCAUCUUUCUCACGGAUCGCGGCGUGCACCUUCCCGUCCCUUGUCUCCACAAGCCGAGCAGCAAAUUUGUGCCACACUUGCAGCCGGAGACUGAGGCACAACCUCAAACUCUGGCUGGCGUUGGUAGCAUUCAUCCGUAUUGGACAACACGGGAUAUAUUGGCCUUCACCACGCUGGUCGUGGUGUUUAUCAUUCUGCUGAUGCAAAUGUAUCGCAUCUUGGAGGAGGAGGGUUGGGUGCGACGCAUGCAACAAUGGCUGCGGGGCAGACAUUCUAUGACCAAUGGCCCUCGGACCAGGCGCCUCAAUGAGGAGGACUCUGAAAGUCCAAAUGCAUAACUGUGAGAGCCUCCACAUCAAGCAUACACUCAGAGAAACUAUAUACACAAAACAAUUGGCUAAAAUGAGGUAAAAAAGCACUCAAUUUAAGAAAUGAUUUUAAAUAAAAAUUUAAAAAAAUUUUUGUAAAUUUA